AUGGCUAGUUCAUCGCUUAUAUUUUUCGUGACAACAAUAAUGAUGAUCCAAUGUUCCCUACGAAAUGAAGUUGCAGAUAACUAUGCGGUUGAAGCAAAUGAUGCUGUUGAAACACAAAAUCUGUAUAAUUUAAAACGACAAUCAGAUUUACUGGCAAAUGUAGAAGACCAUAAUACCCGGGGUGUGCCCUUAAAACAAUAUCGUCGAAAAAAAGGUUAUAUUUUUCCUGGGCGCCCGUGGAGGCCAUAUUAUAAAUUAUUAACUUUUAAAAAGGAUCCUAAAAAAGUUGUUAUACCCUCUCUCAUAGCUGUAUAU